CUCGUGUUGGAAAUACUCGUUACCAAGUCCUUUUCAGUUUCUCAAAAUCCAACAUGGCGGCCACGAGGGCAUUGGUGUUACUUAAUUGUCUUUCAUGUUCGCGAAGAAGUAACAAGUUUCUUGGGGUUUUUACUCGGAAUUUCAGUGAUGCAAGAGUUUUAUUUAGUCGCCAACCCCCAAGAAUACAAAGUUGCUACAGGACUAAUACUGCAAGGUCAAUGUGCUCAUCUCAAUCAGCGUUAGAUUUCAUAGAUAAAGACAAAGGCAGUACAAGUCCAACAAAAAAAGAUACUGAUGACACAGAUUCUACAUCAUCACUGAGUCAGAAUGAACUUCUGAAGCAGAUAAAUAUAUUUGAUACUGAUGAAAAGGUUGAAAUUCCCAAAGCUGCAAAUUCUCAUAUGACCUCCUCAAUGUUAGAUGAUGAACUUGUCAACAAAUUCGUGAAUUGCAUGAUGUGGGGUGGUAAAAAGUCUUUAUCACAGAAAAUCUUUAAACUGGCAAUGGAAGAGAUUAAGAAGGAACAAUUGAAGAAGCAAAGACAAUCAUCCCAACCUGACUCAGUAGAGACGGAUCCCUUACAAAUUUUUGCUACUGCAAUUGAGAAUUGCAAGCCAGUCAUAGGAGUGGUGGGCAUGAAGAGGGCAGGUACUGUGUACCAGGUAGGGCCAUAGAUAACAACUCAAGUUUUUUGAAGCAGACAGAAAUUCAUUUUCCAAUUAGCACCAAUUAUUUACUACCAUGACAACAUGAAACUGUAACAUUGGGUUUUAAACAAUGUAUAAGUAAUGGUGACAAAUCAUCUAGUUUCAUGUAUACAUGUACAUCUUA